AUGUCCAACGCAGAAGUCCCCUACGAGGACGAAGACAUCCGCUCUUCCCCUGCUCACAAGCAGGUAGUCGAGCUCUCGACGCUCGGUUCCCAUGCGCCGCACCCAGUCAUAGCCACCGCCGCCGCCUUCGAACCCGUUAAGUGCCUCCUCCGCCUGAUCCAGCAGGUGUACUACAUUCUAACGAUCCAGUCCGCCCUCGUUGGUCAACGAUUCCGGGGCGACGCGGCCGCCGAGGCCCAGAACCACAUCCUCCGUCUCGCUUGGGUAAGGCGACCAUUGCACGCGGUCGAGGACUGCGGGGAACUGAUCUGCUCACAGCUCGGGCUGGAGCCGCACAAUGACACCUUCGACCUGGUGUUUUGCGACGCUAUGGCGGCUACGCUCUGGAAUCGACCCGAGUUCUAUAUCGACGACGUGCUUACUAACCGCGCCCCCAACUGGAAGGGUUACCAGUCCAUCCCGAGAUUCUUCUACUUUCAAGUCAUCAGGCAGCACUCGGCACCCAUCGUCGACGACAACCUGCCCGCCAUCUUCAAGUUUGUGUGCAGCGGAUACAACUCCGAAAAGUACGUCCCCACCAUCUUCGCCGUCACCCUCCCCGGCGAGCAGAUCAUCGAGACGUACGACUGGAUCGAGAACCCCUGCGACGUCGUGUACGCCCUCAUGGCCAUCGUGGAGAAGAGGCGGGGCAAGAAGCCCGCCGUCAAGCGCUUCAACCCGCUCGCGUACCGCGUCAUCAGGCAGGAGAUCAUCCCCCACGUCGUCGAGGGCCGGAGCCGCUUCGUGAUCUUCUAUGCUAAAUUUCGCAGGGGCGACCUGGACCUGGGCGGAAGGGUCCAGCGGAUGCUCAACAUCGGCGACCGGGACGGCGCCCUCGCGCGGCCGGUGGAGGAGCCGCUCCCUGGGUUGAUGGAGGGGCUGGAUCUUGGGGACGGCCAGGCUGAUGUGUUUGGGGUUGGGCAGGCGAUUAUUCACAGGGAGGGCACGCCGCCCAUUGACGAUCGCCAGACGAAGCGUACUCGACGCUGA